AUGUCGUCUCGAACUCGCCAGCGCGAAGACGUUGACAGAGCAUAUGCUAUUCAGUCACAAGCCGCGAUAGCAGGGGCAGCACGUUCUACUGCUGUAGGUAUUGGCUUGGCUAUUAUGGCGCAUCACCUUUCGCCAGUGUUCAGGCGCCAGACCCUUUCUUUCAAAGCAUUUUUGGUAUCAGGAUUUACAAUAUUUGGACUUAUCUUCGGUGCUGAAGCCGCAUUGGUUGAACACGAAAACAAUAGAAGAAGAGAGGAAAACCUUUUGCGAAGAGAAGCUCGUCUCGACUUGGCUAGGAGAGGUUUGGUAGCAACUGAAACCGAAAUAGCCAAUUGGAAGGCCGACAGAGAACGUGAACGAGACAUUGAUAAUACGUCGCUUUGA